AUGAUGGCUCAGUGGAUGGUGCUUCUUCUUACCUUCCUUGGGGUUGGCACCAUCCAGCCCUUGGUCCAGGAGUCUGGCUUCAGAGAGUCAGCUACUGAGGCUCCAUCUCUUCUCAACCUCAACUUGCCCCUGGAGGCUCAGGACACCACCCAGAUUCUAAGAACCAGGAGUGCACCCCUGCUUGUGCACGUGCAGGUGUUUGUGUCCAAUGUAUUUAAUGUGGACAUCCUGCAGUACACACUGUGCUCCGUGCUGAUGCUAAGGCUGACUUGGGUGGACACUCGCCUGGCCUGGAACACUAGUGCAUACCCACGGCAUGCGGUCACACUGCCCUGGAACUCACUCUGGACACCCAAACUCACCAUCCGGGAAGCGCUUUGGGUGGACUGGAAGGACCAGAUGCCACAGGUUCGAGUAUACCAUGAUGGCCAUGUGGUGCUUAACCUGGCCCUCACCACGGAGACCAACUGCAACUUCGAUCUCCUCCACUUCCCCAGGGACCAGAGCAACUGCAGCCUCAGCUUCUAUGCUUUCAGCAACACUGUGGAGGAGCUGGAGUUCGAGGCCCACGCAAUGAAUGAGAUUGUGAGUGUCAAGAGAGAAUAUGUAGUUUAUGAUUUGAGGAUCCAAGACCCACCCCAGGAUCUGGUGCCCUGCUUCCAGGUGACGAUGAGCCUGAAGAACACAGCAGUAGAGUCCAUCAUAUCGCUGCUGGUGCCUGGAGAGGCGCUGUUGUUAGCUGACGUGUGUGGGGGGCUGCUGCCCCUCCAGGCCACUGAGCGCAUUGCCUAUAAGGUGACACUGCUGCUGGGCUACCUCGUCUUCCACUCUUCCCUGGUGCAGGCCCUACCCAGCUCCUCUUCCUGCAACCCACUGCUCAUUUACUACUUCUCAAUCCUGCUGCUGCUGCUCUUCCUCAGCACCAUGGAGACCGUGUUGCUGGCUGGGCUGCUGGCCCGGGACAACCUUAGGAAUAAAAGCAGCCCCAGCCCAGUCCCAACAGAGGAAAAGAGAGAUCAGGAAAACCCAGGGCCUAAUCCUGAAGUAUCCCCAAGAGGAGAAAAAGGCUCAAGGAGCUGGGCUGAGGCUGCUGACCACACCUUCUUCCUCCUAUAUGUGGCCAGCGUGGUGUGCAGCCAGUUGCUCUUUGCUGGAAUCUGGAUGUGGGCAACAUGCAACUCUGACCCAGCCCCUGGUGAGGCUGUUCCCCAUGGUGGACAGCCCAGGGUGUAACAGGGCAGCGCUGGGGCCCACAGACUGUAGGAUGCAGUGUAGCUCCCCAUGGCUGGAGGAAAAGGCAUGGCAGGAUCUCUGGAGAGAGGGGAGUGAAGGCCAGCUAUUCCCUAACCCUGUAGGCCCUGGGUACCAUGAGUUCUUGGCUCUGCAUGAGUAUGACUAGAAAUAAACCCUUCACCCAAGUGCAAGAACACUGCCAGUGUCUGCCUUCAUUAAACUCAACUGUUAACACUCGUGCUAAGCAGGGGGCCAACUUCACCCCUUGACCUCCUACUUUGCUCCUGGACCACUCACAUCAUCUACUCAUCUCCCACCACACACACACAGCCUCACUGCUUGUUCUGUGACUGCUGCUAUCUGGCCCUGUGCCAGGAGGCGCUAAGAGUGGGGACUAGGAGAUGGAGCUGAGUGGCUGGCCUCAGAGGUGGGUCAGAGCUUCUCCACACGCUUCCUGCAGCAUGCUGGACUCUACAGGCAACAGGUAGAGAGCACUUCUCUCUCCCACCGAGAGAACUGUGUGGAGAGCCUAAGUCUGUGGAUGUUGCACUAUAUCCGAGAGACGGACCCUGACCGCUUUUUCUCUAGGUCUUCCCUCUGGCUAGGACAUGGCCUGCUCCUCUGAGCCCCACCACACUUCUGGGCUGGAUGGGAGUUUUCCAUCUUCAGGUCUGAACUAGGCUGGGGAGGGUCUUCCCGCCUGGUAGGCAGAUACAUGAAGAGGCUUGGGGCAUGGGCCUCUGGCUUCCUUCUCUUAUCUCAGAAGCCAUCACAUGGCCCUGCCUGGCAGGGCUCAGUCAUAAAACUUGAGGUCUCAAAGGUUCCCACAUCCUAGGAAAGUGCUGGUUUGAAGGGGAGCACGGGUAUAAGGAAGUGG